AUGGCCAUCCGUGAGGAUCUGGUCGCUUCGGCGGUCAAGUUCCUACAGGACCCUAGCGUUGCUUCGUCUCCGGUUGAGAAGAAAGUCGCUUUCCUUCAAGCCAAGAACCUCACGCAGGAAGAAGUGAGCGCAGCACUCGCGCGAGCAGGUGCUCCUGCUCCGGCGCAGGGAUACGCGCCUCAAUCGGCAUCAUCGGCCGUCGCGCAGCCGCCGCAGUACUAUGGACAAUAUCCACCGCAGUACCCCCCUUACGGCUGGCAACAACCGCCGCCACAGCCUAUUCCGCGCCGGGACUGGAGGGAUUGGUUCAUCAUGGCGACGGUGGUGAGCGGCGUGUCAUACGGGCUUUAUAGUUUAGGAAAGCGCUAUGUUUACCCCUUGGUUUCGCCACCGACUCCGGAACGGCUGGAGCAAGACAAGAAGUCGAUCGAUGAACAGUUUGAGAAAACGUUUGCCCUCGUCGAUCAAUUGGCCAAGGACACCGAGGCGCUCAAGACGGCGGAGAAGGAGCGCACGGAGAGGUUAGACACGGCGCUUGUGGAACUAGAAACGACUAUCAGCCAGCUCAAGUCGGCGAAUAAGAGACGCGACGACGAAGCGCAGCGGGUGCGGGACGACGUACAGAACCUCCGUGACUCGAUCCCGCGCGGGCUCAACAACCAAAAGGACUUGACCGACACGAGGCUGCGUGAGGUCAACGCCGAGCUCAAGAGCCUCAAGACCCUCAUUACGCAGCGCCUGAACCCGACGGCGACGUCGGCCAGCGUCAGCAACUACCUGCGCCCGGCAGUCAGCGGCAGCGUGACGCCGAGCAGCCCGGCCACCACCCCUGCACCGACGGAAAAGGUAGAGGCCGCGGCCAACCCUGCUCCUCAAGACUCGUCUGCCACCGCCCCCCGCCCCUCGCCGUUCAGCAGCGGGAUGCAAGCCAAGGCAUCGAUCCCGGCGUGGCAGAUGAUGGCGGCUAAGAGCGCUGAGUCUCCCAGCACACCUCCCGUCAACGGCACCGACGCGGGGAGCAGCAGUGGGGCCCAGGAAGCUUCGGGAAGCGCAUAA